UCUGCCAGCCCCGCCCUCCUCGCGCCUCCAUUAAGUACGAGCGCAGAAGCAGCACCUCGCGCAGUGAGUAACCGUCGUUCUCCGAAUAAUCUUCAUUUAAAUCAACAAAUUCUCCGUCUUCUGCGUUUUAAAAUCAACAGAAACACGAUGCCUCAUCAAUACCCUUCCCUCAGCACGGAGCAGAAGAAGGAGCUCUCUGACAUCGCUCAGAAGAUCGUGGCGCCAGGCAAGGGGAUCCUGGCUGCUGAUGAGUCCACAGGCAGCAUGGUGAAGCGCAUGGCUCAGAUCAACACUGAGAACACGGAGGAGAACCGGCGCCUGUACCGGCAGAUCCUGUUCUGCGCUGACGACCGCGUCAAACCCUGCAUCGGGGGGGUGAUCUUCUUCGAGGAGACCCUCUACCAGAAAACGGACGCGGGCGAGGUCUUCUCCAAAUACAUCAAGGGCAGGGGCAUGGUGGUGGGGAUCAAGGUUGAUAAAGGCGUCGUCCCUCUGGCUGGCACUGAUGGAGAGACCACCACGCAAGGUCUGGACGGGCUCUCGGAGCGCUGUGCUCAGUAUAAGAAGGAUGGCGCCGACUUUGCUAAGUGGCGCUGCGUGCUGAAGAUCACGGCGAACACGCCCUCCAGCCUCGCCAUCAUGGAGAACGCCAACGUGCUGGCGCGCUACGCCUCCAUCUGCCAGAUGAACGGUAUUGUCCCGAUCGUGGAGCCGGAGAUCCUUCCUGACGGAGAUCAUGAUCUGAAGCGCAGUCAGUACGUCACGGAGAAGGUUUUAGCUGCAGUGUAUAAGGCUCUCUCUGAUCAUCACGUCUAUCUCGAGGGGACUCUCCUCAAACCCAACAUGGUGACCGCCGGUCAAGCCUGCACCCAGAAAUACAGCCCCCAGGAGAUCGCCAUGGCAACUGUCACCGCCCUGCGCCGCACCGUGCCCCCCGCAGUGCCAGGUGUCACUUUCCUGUCCGGUGGGCAGAGUGAGGAGGAUGCCUCCAUUAACCUGAAUGCCAUCAACCAGUGCCCCCUGCCCAAGCCCUGGGCCCUCACCUUCUCCUAUGGGAGAGCCCUGCAGGCGUCCGCUCUGAAAACAUGGGCUGGGAAGAAGGAGAACGCCAAGGCAGCCCAGGAGGAAUAUAUCAAGAGAGCACUGAACAACAGCCAGGCUGCUCUUGGUAAAUAUGUCUCAUCUGGUGAUAAGGGAUCUGCAGCUAGCGAAUCACUGUUCAUCGCUGGCCACGCCUACUAAACAAGCCCCGCCUCCUGGUGACAUCACAACGCACUCCAUAACCCCGCCCACAAACUCCCAACGUUAAAACCAGGACUGAUUAACCAGGCAGUCUGUCUGUGUUUGUUUAGAACAUCCUGUCUUGUUAAUUGGAAAGUGAGUGUCUUUGUGUGUGUUUUUUGUUUUAUGUGGUUAAGUGUUGAAUUGAAAAUGUUAAGUAAAGGAUAUCUGUGCAAAUCA